AUGGACUCGUUCAUGCUGCAGGAUGCAGCUGCACUGGAUCGUGUGCGUGCGGCCCAAGAGUUUCUCGACCCUCAGAAUGAUUCGCAAGGACGUAGUUACAGAUCGGCUAUCCUCCUUAUGAUACAGAAGAACACAAGGAGGCUUGUUGUCAACCUGGACCAUCUCCGUGCUCACAAUCCGGAACUCGCUGCAGGAGUUCUUGAGCAACCUUUUGACUACACACUUGCCUUUAACCAUGCUCUCAAGCAAAUUGUCAAGACCCUGCCAGACUCUGGCGAUGCCGAGAAACUCAACGACACCUCAUUCUCUUGUGCCUGGGCCGGCAGUUUUGGCCUGAAUGCUUGCAACCCCCGAACUCUGUCUUCCCAGCACCUCAACAGCAUGGUUUCGCUUGAAGGCAUCGUCACCAGAUGCUCUCUCAUCCGGCCAAAGGUUGUCAAAAGUGUCCACUACAACGAGAACAGAGAUAUUUUUCACUUCCGAGAAUACCAAGACCAGACCAUGACGAAUGGAGUCACAACAUCUAGUGCCUACCCUCAAGAGGACGAUGAAGGAAAUCCGUUGACAACAGAGUAUGGCUUCAGCACCUAUAGGGAUCAUCAGACUGUUUCCAUCCAAGAGAUGCCAGAGCGUGCCCCCGCCGGGCAGCUGCCGAGAGGCGUCGAUGUCAUACUGGAUGAUGACCUUGUUGACUCGGUGAAACCGGGUGACCGCGUACAACUUGUCGGCAUAUACAGGACUCUCGGAAACAGAAAUACCAACCAUAAUAGCGCUCUGUUCAAGACAGUUAUCAUUGCCAAUCAUGUCGUUCUACUUUCUUCUAAAUCGGGUGGUGGUGUUGCUGCUGCCACCAUCACGGACACCGAUAUUCGAAACAUCAACAAGAUUGCCAAAAAGAAGAAUCUGCUCAAUCUUUUGUCUCAGUCGCUCGCCCCCAGUAUAUACGGCCAUGACUAUGUUAAGAAGGCAAUCCUUCUGAUGCUCUUGGGCGGAGUUGAGAAGAACCUAGAGAACGGCACGCACUUGAGAGGUGACAUUAACAUUCUCAUGGUUGGAGACCCGUCCACCGCAAAAUCCCAACUGCUUCGGUUUGUCCUGAACACGGCGCCACUUGCCAUUGCUACCACUGGACGCGGCUCGUCUGGUGUUGGUUUAACAGCCGCCGUCACAUCAGAUAAGGAGACAGGAGAGAGGAGGUUGGAAGCCGGAGCCAUGGUCAUGGCUGACCGUGGAGUGGUAUGCAUUGAUGAGUUUGACAAAAUGUCUGACAUUGACCGCGUUGCUAUUCAUGAGGUUAUGGAGCAGCAGACCGUUACUAUUGCCAAAGCUGGUAUACACACGUCUUUGAAUGCCAGAUGCAGUGUUGUUGCCGCCGCCAACCCCAUAUUUGGCCAGUACGACACACACAAGGAUCCGCACAAGAAUAUUGCUCUUCCUGAUUCUCUGCUAUCACGUUUCGACUUACUCUUCGUUGUCACCGAUGAUAUUGAGGACACAAGGGAUAGACAGGUUUCAGAGCACGUUUUACGGAUGCAUCGUUACCGUCAACCCGGAACAGAAGAAGGCACCCCGGUACGCGAGAAUGCCAACCAGGCCCUUGGUGUUGCUAUCAGUAACCAGGCUGAUAUUCAACGGCCUGCUGAAGUUUUCGAAAAGUAUGACGCAAUGCUUCAUGCUGGUGUAACUCUAACCUCGAGAGGUGGCUCGAACAAGAAACCUGAGGUGCUGAGCAUUCCAUUUAUGAAAAGAUACAUCCAGUACGCCAAAAGGCUUCAACCCCAGCUGACACAGACGGCGUCGGAUCGGAUUGCAGAUAUAUAUGUUGGGCUACGAAACGAUGAGAUGGAGGGAAAUCAACGUCGAACAAGCCCUCUUACUGUUCGUACCUUGGAGACCUUAAUUCGUUUGGCCACAGCCCAUGCCAAAUCUCGCCUGUCUAGCAAAGUCGAGGAGCGUGAUGCCCUCGCAGCGGAGGCCAUCCUUCGCUUUGCCUUGUUUAAAGAAGUGGUCGAAGAUGAGUCGCGAAAGAAGCGGAGAAAGACACAGAACACGGAAUUCGCUUCUUCCAGCGAGGACAGCUCCUCAGAGAACGACGACGGUAACUUCAGAAGCACCGCAGCUCGAACACCUGCAACAAGGUCAACACGGUCAACGAGAGGAAUUGCUCGUCCUCGGGCAAUUGCUGACAACAAAGAAAGCCGUGGUAACGUUGCCAACGACACUAACGGUGAUGCUCGUGAGAGCGACGUAGAGUCGCCAACUCGUGCGGAUUCAGAAGACAUAUACAAUGCCACUCCAAGAAGGUCUCGUCGUCAUGGUGGCGUUGCUGCUUCAACUUCGACAUCGCAUACGCAGACCAGUUUCGCCUCAUCCGUGCCGGUGUCUCAGUUGCCGUCACAAUCACAAGAUGACGAAGAAGACGACGUCCUGGCCUCCGGCGCGGCCGGAUUAGCCAUCUCAGACGAACCCAUUAGUGCCCCUCGUCUGGUAGCCUUCCGAACAACUCUUGGCCAGCUGCUUAACUCUGCGUUAUUCGAGGACGAUUCUGCCAAUGUCGAUGCUGUUAUCGAAGCCGUCAACAGCAAACUACGGUCAAAUGGCGGUGGUACUUUUAGCAAGCAAGAAGCAGUCAAAGCUCUCAAGAAGAUGGACGAAGCUAAUCAGAUUAUGUAUACUGAUGGCGAACUUGUGUAUAAGAUUUAA